AUUUGAGGGACGGGCAGCAGCCACGGCCUGGAGCCAAGGUUGUUUUUGCCUUCUUUCUUGUGAUGUAAGAGUCAGAACCGCUGUCCUGGGCUGGUGAGGGGGCACCCUGCCAUGGUGGAGGGAGGCUGCUCCCCUCCCCAUCAACUCCAGGCCCGGUCUGCAGGCCCAAGGGAAGUGAGUGUGGGUAAAGCCUGGGUUGGUCACGCUGGUAGGAGGCGUGAAUCCAGGCAGAACCCAGGCAGCUCCAACAGUCUCCAGCACUGUACAAGUCCCUCUUAGGCUGAAGGAAGGUCCAGGCAAAAAGCUACCACCUUGGGAAAGAACUAGCAAGGACCCAGGGUUAGCAUGGUUUCAGCCUUAGGCUCAGGUUGUCCCUGUGAGAGCACCCAGGAGGAGAGGCUGCGGUCCCUGGGUCCUCUGACACCUCACUCUUACCCCCACUCUGCUUGGUAACCCCCAAGGCACCUUAGUCACUUGUCUCCUCGCCUGCCCUGUCCCAUCCUCUUCCCCACAUUGCAAGCCAAAGGCUUCUUCCAAACCACUUAUCUGUAGGGCAGUUCAUUCUGCUCAUAAACUCACACUGGUUUUUUAUUGCUGGCAAGAAAACACCCAAACUUAUUGCGAUGGACAGGCCCUGCCUCAGUCUUCCCCCUCUAAGGCCUAGUAAUGACUUCCACCCUCACCUCUGCUCUGGCCAUACACCGCCUGUGCUCUUCAGUUCGAGUUCACUCCCUAAAUUACCCACAUGAGAUCUGGCACACUCUGAGGGCAGGAGCCAGUUGCUUCUCCUCACCCUCCUGGGCCCCAAACCCAGCCCCAGGCCCUAGUUGUUCAGCCUAUCUCCACUGGCAACGAACCUCGGAAUGCCCUCUUUGGGAGAAGAUGCAGUAGGAGUGAAGGUCCCAGGUCACUAAAACCACAGGCACAGCUUCUGCUACAGAUACAGUUGUCAGGGUCAACAUCACAGCGCCUGCACCAGGCUGGAGGUUGUACUACCCAUACCAUCUCCCUUACUGCUUGUGAGAACUGACCCUGUUCUACCAUCCACAUGGUCACAAUCAGAGUAACCACAGUCCUCAAUGUGGCCACACCUCCUGGCAUAAGCGACUGCCCGAGCUGGCCCUUUAAGCCCCUUCCUUGGGCCUAUAACUGAGGAGCUAUAGGAGGCUAUGUUUCAUACACAGGCUGAAGCCAAACUUCAGAAGACUGUAAACACAAUGCAGUGCACAUCUUGAGUCCCUCACAGCACUGCAGUCAGGCCCUGCUUCCAGUCUGUUCCUAAAACCUUGGAAUAAUAAGACAUGCAAUAACCUUGUGAUAAAACCCCUAUUUUAGCUUAAGCUCACCUGAAUGCAUCUUCAACUCUGCAACCAAAAUGGUCCUAAAGAAAAAAGACUGCAGAGACAAGAAGUAGCCUAUUUCCUGUGCGUGAGGAUGAUCAUCUUUUGGAAGAAGUAACUGAGCCCAGAGAGAGAUAUUAGGAUUUGCUCAGGGCCCAGUGAGUCAGAACAGAGUCACAAACUCAGGCCCGCCUAAGUCCAUACGUGGAAGGCCCUGAAGGUAGGCUCCCUCUGUGGGCUACCUGCGCCCCUGAAGGCUAAGCAUACAGAGAUCUUCAGGGUGGCUGUAGAUCUGUGAUGGAGUUUUCUCUUUAGCAUUGAGAGGGGAGGGGCCGCAAGUUUGGCCAGCGUGCAUCAGAUAAUCCAAAGUGGUUUGGAGAAGGAAUCAAACUGGUUGUGCUGGGCAGCUGAGACCAGACCCUGGAUGUCACAGUUACCACCCUUGGCCCUGCCCCAAUGAGAGGAUGCGUCUAGGGAGUUUUCUUCAGGGUUGAGGACUAUGGAAGCACGGCAGGUGCUGAGGUCACAAUGAGUUCAAGUUCUUUUCUUUCCUUCUCUGACCACGCCCUCCCACCUCCACAACCAGGAACUACAGUACUUCGGUCACGCUCAGUUGAGAAGUGCCAGGAGACCUUGGCUGGAUUCCUGGGUCCCCGAGGGGGAUAUAUGUCUGGAUAACAUUGCCAGCAAGGCCCCUUUAUUCCCAGAUCUGCUUCUGGAAGCUCCUCAAUUUCUUAAGAGUUGGCCCGGACCUUUCACCAUCCACCUCAGCAAGGGUUUCGGUGGGCGGAGCCGCACCCUCGAGGCAAGUCCUCGGAGAGGGUGGGGCCUUGAGCCAGGGGAGGGCCAGAAGCAGCCAGGGGCCAGAGAGGACGGAGGCUGACACUUGAACCAGAGGCGGGCGCUCAAGCCCAGGAGCGGAGCCAAGGGCUGAAAAGAUACCUCCAAUCUGGCCAAGAGUGGGACCUCAGGCCCAGAGAGCAGUGCACAAGAAUUGAGGCGUUAGUUAUCUAGCCCAGAAAGUCCGAGUCGUACACCCAGGGCCAAGAACUGAAAGGCGGGCCUCCACCGAGACCAGCUGAAGCGGGGUCUCAGGCUAAGGUGGGACCGAGCCUCCAGGGGCGGAGCCUUUGGCUCAGGGCGUGGCCAGCCCGAAGGUGGCGUCGCUAUCCGGGAGCCGCCGGGUCCACCGGCCGCCCUCGCUGGGCCGUGUGGCGGUGGUGGUGGACCAGGGCUCUGGCUUCACCAAGGCAGGCUUCGCGGGCGAGAAGCAGCCACGCCUGGUGCUGAAGAGCUCCAGCCUGGUGCCCAGUUGGGAGCGGCCCGUGCUGCCUGGGGUGCCAGGCUGUGAGCUGGCGGGCGGCGUGGCACGGGCGCACCCCAUCAAGCACGGCGUGGUGGUGGACUGGGAGGCCCUGGAGGGGCUAUGGGAGCGCCUGCUGGUGGGCGGCCUGCGGGUGUGCCCAGAACAGUGGCCGGUGCUGGUGAGCGACUCGCCGUCGGCACCGCCCGUGGGCCGUGAGAGGGUGGCGGAGCUGCUGUUUGAGGCCCUGGCAGUGCCCGCGUGCCACAUGGCCAGCACCGCGUUGCUGGCGCUCUGCUCCGUCGGCGCGUUCAGCGGGCUGGCUGUGGAGGCAGGCGCGGGCGUGUGCCAUACCACGCCCAUCUAUGCCGGCCACUCGUGGCAAAAGGCCACCUUCCGGCUGGACGUGGCAGGCAGCACCCUGUCCCGCUACCUUCGGGAGCUGCUGGUGGCAGCAUGCCCUGAUCAACAGCUGCAGGCCCUGCCCCGCAAAGUCAUCACACAGCUCAAGAAGCGCUGCUGCUACGUGUCGCUGGACUUCGAGGGUGACCUCCAGAACCCUGCCCGCCACCAUCCAGCUAGUUUCUGCCUAGGCAAUGGGUGCUCUAUCUGCCUGAGCAGUGAGCGCUUCCGCUGCCCGGAACCCAUCUUUCAGCCAAGUCUGCUAGGCCAGGCUGAGCCAGGACUGCCCACGCUGGCCUUCCAGGCACUGCAAAGGCUGCCCGCAACACUGCGGACACGGCUGGCCAACACCACGGUGCUGGCUGGUGGCUCCACACUUUUCCCUGGCUUCACUGAGCGCCUGGAGAUGGAGCUGGGGGCCCAGUGCCAGCGCCAUGGCUAUGGGGCACUGAGGCCUUGCCUGGUAGCCAGACCUGGGCGUGGCACAGCAGUGUGGACAGGCGGCUCCAUGGUGGCCUCGUUUCGCUCCUUCCAAUGCCGCUGGAUUACCCGGGCCAUGUACCAGGAAUGUGGCUCAAGGCUGGUGCACAAAGUGUUCAACUGAGUUGGGCUGGACUAAAGGGGAUGAUGCCCCAAGGGGGGGCUGCAGAGGCAGAAGCGCCGCAGGCUGAGGUGCAGCUCUAUCAGAGGCAUUGAGUGCCAAAUAAAAGGCUCAGCGAUUGGA